CGCUUAUGAAAAGAUGUCUUAAAGUGUCCUCUUUCUAAUGCUGAAAACCACACUUCAUUAUCUAUCUCCCGCGAGGAGUUAUUCAAAAAGCAACCGACUGCACGACCAUUUGGUACGGAUAGUAGUCAGCAUUUAAAACCUGAUGUAAGAAGUGAGAACAUAGACAGGUUAAAAAAAUCUAACUUUUCCAGCAAUAGUUUUAUUAUUAUUUUUAUUUUUUUUCACUUAGUGGAGAAAAAGUAAAACGUUUGCAGCAGAAUUUGAAAUAUAACUCACAAUUAUCGGAGGAAAUUCAUAGUAUGAAGAGCAAUACUGAUUAUCUAGACGAAGAACAAAAGCGGACGGAGUUCGAUUCAAUUGACCAGGUAGAGAGUGAACGAUCUCUUGAGGGGCAAAAUGGAGACGAAAGAACAGAACUUGAAGGACCGAAUUUAACGCCAUCGAGUUUUGAUAAUAAGAAAAUACAUGUGCUUUGCGAAAGAUCGACAUUUAAUGAUUUGAGUGAAAGAAAAACACCAGACAGUUUAUCAUUAGUUAAAGAAAAUGAAAGCGGAUAUGAAAAUUUUUUUCUCAAUAGUUCAACACUAGAUCAACAACAAGAAAAAGAAAAUGGUUAUAGUAUAACAGCGCAUUCUGAGCGGUCAGACUCAAACAUAUUAAGCCAUUUUCCUUUGCCGUUAAAUCAUUUACAAGAAGUUGUUGAUAAACAAAUGAUUGAUAUUUCGUUCGAAAACGAUCUAAUUUGUAGCAAUGUGCAAUUAAUGCAAUCUAGCAAUAAGAACGAAUGGCUAAUUGAAACAAUAGAUAAUAUAUGGGUGUCAGUCGAUGAUUAUUGCAUGUAUCCAAGCGAUAAAGUAUUGUCGAAUAGUGCCAUUUCAACGUUACCAUUUUCAACGUCAUCAAAGUCUUCUUCUCUUGCCUCAACAAAACUUAUGGAAAGUGAAACUGUACAAAAUAGACAGAUAGUAAAUGCCAGAUCAUCUCCAUCCAUAAAAAGUCAAAUGGUAUUGCCCAUCAUUCCAUCCGUAGAAAUAACAGAUAGUCAGGAUGACAUUUUAAAAGUAAUUGUGCCAUUGAAAAACCCAAGAAGUAAUGUUCCAACAGUUAUGGUUUUUCAGACAACUGAUAGUGAUACAAUAUCACUAAUACCCACAGCAUCAACCAGAAAAAAUAAUCUAUUAUCGUCAGAUACUUCAACCAAAAGACAAUUAUUUGAUGGUUUAUCUUCAUCACCGUUUAACAAACGUGCGAAAUCUUUCCUGAGUAUUAAUCAACAAAUGAUCCCUAAUGAAACAGUAAAAGAUUCAACAGUCAAUAGUACAACUAAAAUAUCAAUUGAAUCGAGCUCAUCAUCAGAUCUACUAUCAGAAAAACAUAAUCAACUAUAUCAAAAACAGCAAACGCCUUCUUUAGAGAAUGAAAGUGAAGAAAGUGUACGUGAUAUUGUAAGACAAUCAUCUUUGCAAAGACAAAACAAUGAACAAGAACUACAUCCAAGCCAUAAAAUAAGACCUGGUCUUAGUAAAGCAUCAGAAAGAAGUGUUUCUCCAAAACGACGUAAAACAACAUCCACAACUAAUUUGACAUUUGAUGAAAUUGAAGUCUAUUUUAAAGAACCGGGAGAAGUUGGUGAUCAACCUGAUGUUAACGAACUUAUGAAAAUACUUGAAUCCUAUAUAAAUUGUGCCUGUAAUAGACCGCGAAUAAUAAUGGGUGAUAAAGUAUUUAAUGCUAAAUUAUCUUAUAAGCAAAAACAAAUGAUAUUACGCGUAGCGUUAAGGAGAACACAAUUAGAGGAAAAAUAUUUUAAUAAAUAA